AUGUCUUCAACUGCAAGCCCUGCGUCUCCCCCUCGAGCUCAACAUCCCCAUUCACGCCCACCACCGCUGCCGCCAUCCUCGACUGCCCCGUCAACGCGUCGAACCAGCGAUACUCGACGAGAUCCUUUCCCCUUCUCCAUGACAAGGCCGUUUCGGCCAAACCCUACAUCAACUAGUGUGGCACCGUCAACAGCCGAGGGAAGAGCCAUCCCCGUGGAUGAUACCACUGCUGAACAUCGAACAUCAGCGUUGCGGGAGCUCAAUAGCCACUAUCCUAGCCGACAUCGAUACGCGAAGUCAACCGGUGCGCAAUCCAGCACCUACUCCGAACCCGUCAUUGUUCGCAGUUACUACUCUCCUGCCCCAAGCCGCCACGAUAGUUCCACUCGACGCCGAUCUGGUCGUGGUGGGGCCGGUUCUGAAGUUGGUGGGCCAGUGACCGGUGUGACCCGGGCUCUCCCCUUCUCAGGCAAAGUCUCUUCAGCCGGCAAAGGAAUGCUGAGCACCAUGGCGAGAGUGUAUAAUGGGAAAAUGCCGACGGUGGAGGCUCAACAGGAUACUCGUCUGCCUCCGGUAGAAGCCUUCAGUUUCAAGAGCUUCAUGGCAAAUACGCCAACACAUGCUGGCACAGCCGAUAUUAACUCCGACCUGGACAGGAUAGCCGAGAUCUGUGCCCGGUCACGGUAUUCAUUGAGCAAUCAGUACGAGGUUCACUAUGCCCCUCACGGUUCUGGAGUUUCGUUCCUUGCAUCUACUCAGAAUCAAGAGCCGCAGGGCCCUACAUUGCAGGCGGUGUCAUCAGACGAUGAGCGCGAUAUGAGAAACACUACUCGGCGGAGAAGGCAAGCUGCAAGGAGGAACAGCAGAGCAAUGGGCACGCUUGAAACCAUAAUGUCGUCAAGCCGCUCAUCCGACGAGGAGGGGUCAAAGAAGAAGUCUGCCUCGGACCUUGCCAACGAGGUUCGUGGACGGACAGCCAGAAAGUCGUCUCCGACUCCGACGACAUCUUCACGCAGUGAACGGGACCCUUCCAAUUCACAGGACAGUGAACAGCAGCCAAGGACGCCGGCGAGACGGCCAUCGACGUCAUUGGCUUUGAUAGAUAGCUCGAGACUGACCGGGACGCCAGAGGCAACGCCUCGGACAUCAGCUACCGCGUUGGUAAGCGAACCUGCAUUACCGCGUGCUUCAAAUAGCCAAUUAGAGACGAGGACGGCAGCCGAGAGCGAAUCGCAGCAACGGACUUUGGAGAACAAGCCAUCGCCGCGACCGGACAGGCUGGAAGAGCACAUGGCACGAGGAUCGAUAUCUUCUAUCCAAGACGGCGCCCGUAGUACCGGCGUUCUGUCGACACUCGCCAGCUGGCUACCGUGGGUGUCGCAUUCAUCUAAGCCCAAAGGUCGCGCUGAAGGUAGUCUGCGACACCUCUUGAACAACACUGAGGCCAAAGGGAAGAAGGGCGAACCAGCAGUGUAA